AUGGCAGCAAAUCAUCUCGUUGAGGGAUAUGGGUAUCGCCGACUCAAUCUUUCUCAGGAGACAAUCAUAGUCCCUGAAGAGUAUUACGAAAACCGAAUUGGUGAUCUUGCAGCGUUCGUUCCGAGAGGUUCUCGAAGAAGACGCAUUGCAAAACUAAAGCAUUCAACCCUUUCAGAGGUUCGGUAUCCUCCUGAUUGGACUGGUUCAGUCUCAACCUUCAUGAUGGGUUCAUCCCAGCCUACUCAGCAAGCUACACAACAAGUUGAAGAUCCGCGGAGACUCGGCAGGAACUUAUCCAACGUUUCCGAGGAGGAUGCCACAGAUGUGAUAUGUCUCCUCCAUCCCAACUCAAAAGCAGCAAUCGAAGCUGUCAAGGCAAACCUCAUUCUCUCUCCUCAACACAUUUUGCAGAAUGCAGACUUGCAAGACGUUGACGAACAAGAACUCUUGUUUGAUGAAGAAUUAUGGGGAGCCAGUAGAGACAUUGCGCUCCGAAUGUCAUCGAAAGUCAAAACCAUCAAGGAUGGUUUUCGUUUCGGCCGGAAUGGGUCAAUGUGUGAUGUUCUCCUCACUCCCGCUCUGGACGACAACUUGAUUAGCAAGAUUCACUUCAAGAUUUUUGUCAACAGUCAGGGCAGUCUUAUGAUUCAAGACUUGUCCACAAACGGAACAAUUGUCGAUGAUGUUCACCUCACAACACGUGGCAGAGGCGGUCGACCACUCGUGAAGCCUGCAACAACCGUUCUCAAGAACGGUUCAAUCAUUUGUGUGCUUGCCGGAACAACAAAAGAAGAAGUCAAAUUUAUGGUUCGAAUUCCCAAUCGUGGGGAUGGAGAAGAUCUCUACGAAGAAAAGCUGAGAAAAUAUCUGUCCGACCGAGGAGCAGUGGCCAACUUUGCUUCAAUGCGUGAAAAUUCAUAUGGUAACCAUUGGAACGGUGGGACCAAAUACAAUUUUACUGGCUGUCUGGGCAAGGGUGCAUUUGCAACUGUCUACAGAAUCCAGACCAAGAAAGAAGGAGAUGUCUACGCCGCCAAAGAGUUGGACAAACGCCGCUUCCUCAAGAAUGGAGUGUUGGACACCAAAUUCGACAGUGAGUUGCAAAUCAUGAAAUCUCUGUCGCAUCCGAACAUCGUAAAUUACGUCGAUUCUUACAACGUCCAACACUAUAUUUACAUUCUGAUGGAGUUUGUCCCACAUGGUGAGUUGUCUCAGGAAUUGAGACGCCAAGGAGGCAAACUUGCAGAGCCUGAUGCCCAACAAAUCACACGCCAGAUGAUGCACGCGCUUGGUUAUCUUCAUCGGAGAAACAUCACGCACCGUGAUAUCAAGCCAGACAACAUCUUAAUUGCCUCUCGAGACCCUAUGAUUGUUAAACUGUCGGACUUUGGUUUGUCGAAAUGUGUCACAGAUCAGGAGACUUUUCUCAAGACAUUCUGUGGCACACUCCUGUAUUGUGCACCCGAAGUGUACCCAGAUUAUCAGAACUAUACUCAAGGCUCAUCCACCAAGAGACGUCGACUUGGUGAGCCAUCGUACAAACCGCCUCCGUCUCCUUACGACCAAUCGGUUGACAUGUGGUCCUUUGGGGCUGUCAUUUUCCAUAUGCUUUGUGGCAAACCUCCCAUUACAGGCAGAGGCGAUGACAGAGGUGCACAAAUGCUCAGCAAUAUCAUGACAAAGGAUGUCGAUUUUGAACCACUCAGAGAUGCUGGCACUUCAGAAUACGGCAUUGAUUUCAUCACGAGACUUCUCAAUAGAAACCCAAGAUAUCGACCAAACGAAUCUGAAUGUCUCAGACACCCUUGGCUACGCCAUGUGAAAGAUCAUUUCGAUUAUGAAGAUACAGAAUCAGUCCUCUCACGCAACGAACGAGAGUUGGGCAUUCUGGAUGAAGCCGAGGAAGAUCUGCUUGACGACGAUCUUAUUGACAAUCUUCAACAACUGACUCAAUUACCCUCAUCAGUGCCAACCCCAAAUCGACCAGCCAAGCGACUGAGAGCCAACUCGCAAAAUGACGAAGUCACAUAUCCUGCUUUACCUAAUCUUGGUGCCACGUUUGCGCCACUGCCUUCAUCGGUAGCACCAACAGCUCCGGCAGAGCGACUCUUCGGAGAAGUCACUCCAUCCGUACUACGUAGUUCGGGGAUUUUCGGCGGUGCCCUUCGUCCACAGGUGCAGGCCGAUGUUCCAGAAAUCCGCAACCGUGUUGAGCAGAUUAGCGUGAAUGAUUUUGUCACUCGUGGUGGUGAAGUGGAUGACACAAAAAGCGCAGACAACUUUGGCCAACCAUUGCAAUAUCCUCAGACCCUUGGCAUUCCGCACACUUUUGCUGGAUCAGCUUUGAGCCUUAUGGGGGCAGAGCAACAGAUCGGUCAACUUAAUAUGGCCUCCCCAGACGCGGAAGCUUCUGAUGCUGCAACUUCGGAGUCACCAAACCCUGUCACACCCCAAACUCGGGAACUUUCUCCGUGGACCGGUUCCAGUCAUGCAGCGGAUACAAAAGUUGCAGACACUACUCGUCACUUCGAAGAACGAGUUUCUACCCGGGAACCCCUUUUUACCCGUCAGUUUGACCUUGAUCUCGUAAACGACCCAGAAAACUUCGAUGCUGAGAUUGAAGCCCGCAAGGCCUCGAGAGCUACAAAAAUCGGCACGAAGGCAGAAACAUUCAGUGGGAACGCCAAUAGUCGGGUGCGUCUUCCGUCUGUUGAGCUGGCAAUCACUAUCGACGCGAAGACUGGAAAAGCGAUCCAGAGUCACGACAAUGUUGACCGACUGAUCCAUGAUCCACUCACCAAUUCAAGUCUGCAAUUCAUCAAGCCUCCGAAGCGAUUUGGUAAAUUAACCACAAUCCCUGGCUCUUCAGCCAAUCUAACAAUCAACCUGGAAGAUCGUCUCACCUCUUGGGGUCGAGGAAUUGACUGCACUGUCCCUUAUCCUGAUCGAAAAGACACCCGCAUUCCAAAAUAUGCAAUGAAGAUCACAUUUUGGGCUCCAGGUAUUGAGAAAUUUAUCCUGGACGGGGGGGACUGGACUCAAUCGCCGGGCGUGCGAACUUUGAUUUCUACCUCAGCCAGUAAAUCCAUCCUGGUCAAUGGUGUUCAACUCCAGAAGGAGACUAUAAACGGUGAAGCCGCUUUAUUCGGCCAACUGUAUACCGACGAUAUCAUCACAAUCUUCGAUUUUAAUGAUGGCUUUCUAAAAUUUAAGGUCGAAAUCACCUUCGGUGACAGUGCUCGACCCCGCCCAGAGAGUGAACGUGGCUUUCUGAUUCAGCAGGAACGACAAUAUCAUCAACGUGCCAUGAAGGAACGUGAAAGUAUGAGAGCCAGCAGGGCUGGAAGUGAGAUUGGUAAUGGAGUCAGCUUGCCAUUGUUGUGA